AUGAGCGCGGCAGGCCCAGACCUGGCGGAGGCGCCCGAGGAGCGGCGUUUCCUCAGCAUAGCGGAGGCGGCCGCCCUGGAGCGGGAGUUGCUCGAGGAUUAUCGCUUUGGGCGUCAGCAGCUGGCGGAGUUGUGUGACCAUGCCAGUGCCGUGGCUGUGACCAAGGUGUUCCCCUUGGCAGCUCUCUCCCGGAAGCAGAGGACAGUGCUGGUUGUGUGUGGCCCAGAGCAGAAUGGGGCGGUGGGGCUGGUCUGUGCCCGGCACCUGCAGGUGUUUGAGUAUGAGCCGACCAUCUUCUACCCCAUGCGCUCGCUGGACACUGCACUGCACCGGGACCUGACCACUCAGUGUGAGAAGAUGGACAUCCCCUUCCUGUCGUACCUGCCCAUGGAGGUUCAGCUCAUCAAUGACGUGUACGGGCUGGCGGUAGAUGCCGUGCUGGGCCCUGGCACAGAGCUGGGUGAGGUCGGGGGCCCCUGCACGCGAGUGCUGGCCACGCUCAAGCUGCUAUCCAUUCCCCUUGUGAGCUUGGACAUACCUUCAGGCUGGGACGCGGAGACUGGCAGCGACGCCGAGGACGAGGACGGGCUGCGGCCGGACGUGCUCGUGUCGGUCGCGGCGUCCAAGCGCUGCGCCGGCCGCUUCUCUGGGCGCCACCACUUCGUGGCCGGCAGGUUCGUGCCAGACGACGUGCGCCGCAAGUUGGCUUUGCGCCUGCCGGGAUACACCCGCACCGACUGCGUCGUGGCGCUGUGA